AUGCAGUGGUCUUUCUUAUUUCUGAGUCUUGCUGCUACCAGCACGGCUCUCAUUAGAUUCCAAUGUUCGCAAUUAGUCACUCAGAGGCUCGAUCCUCUCGUUACGCCUGGAAUGAUCCCGUCUCCUCAUGUGCAUCAAAUCGUUGGAGGAAAUUCAUUCAAUGCUACGAUGGAUCCAAAGAAAGACAUGCCGGGAGAGUCUGACUGUACAACAUGUCAAAUGGCCGACGACUUCUCCAACUACUGGACCGCCGUCCUCUACUUCAAAGCCAGGAAUGGUACCUAUAAGCGUGUUCGACAACUUGCUAACAGUGGCUUUGACGGAGCUGCCGGCGGUGGAAUGACUGUUUACUAUAUGCAAGAUGCCCUUUAUGACACAAAGCAGCCUUCGAAAGUGUCGGCUUUCCAACCGGGUUUCCGAAUGUUCAUCGGCAACGUUCAGGCUCGCACUAUGGACGAAGCAGCUCGUUUCCGUCAGUUGACAUACACCUGUUUAGAAACACCAGCAACUCGUGACCACGAGACAAUCGCUCUUCCAAAGAAGGUGUGCCCUGCUGGUAUUAUGUCGUCUCUACGCUUUCCAAACUGCUGGGAUGGUAAGAAUCUUGACAGUCCUGAUCAUUUGUCACAUAUGUCCUACCCCUCCUCCGGCACUUUCGAAUCCGGCGGUCCCUGCCCAUCCACCCACCCUGUCCGCACCUCCCAAGUAAUGUUCGAAGUAAUCUGGGACACGCGCCCCUUCAACAACCCCGACGACUGGCCUCUCGACGGUAGCCAACCCUUCGUCUGGUCUUUCGGCGACGCCACCGGCUACGCGAACCACGCUGACUACGUGUUCGGCUGGAAAGACGACUCGCUGCAGAAGAUCCUGGACACGCCUUGUUAUGUAAACUGCGAUACCGCGCGGACGCAGAGUAUCGCGGAGAUGAACAAGUGUGCGCAGAAGGCGGUUGUGGAGGAGGAUAUUGAUGGGUGGCUUACUGAACUUCCUGGUGGACAUCAAGCGGAAUUUGCUCCUACCCCGGAGAAGCGUUAA